AUGCUUAGAGGUGUUGCUGGUGUCAUUGACCGUUCUUCACCGUACUUUGAUAUUGGACAGAACUGUACUUAUUUACAGCAAAACCAGCAGCAGUAUUCACAGAACAACGCCUACCCUCAACAGCCUCAGCAGCCUAAUGCAGGCUAUCCGAAUCAAGGAUAUAGACCACCAAAUCAAGCAUAUCCUCAACAGCCCAACUAUAAUCAGGGAGGUUAUCGUCAACCUGCCGGUGGAUAUAAUCAAGGUGGCUAUCAUCAGCCGAACUAUCAUCAGCCGAACUAUCAUAUGAAUCAACAAGGAACUUAUUUGCUAUUUCCUUUCAAUUACAGUUUCCACUCGGGCACAGGCCCAGGAUCUGUUUCACGUGGAAGUCAAUGGAAAACCGCAUUAGCUGCAGGCGCAGUGGGUGCUGUUGGUGGUGUUCUAGCGUACGAAGCCGGAAAGGCAAUAAUCAAGUCAGCAACCGAACCAGUUCAUGUUGGUGGCAGAAGUUACUACUUUAACAAUGACCAACACCAGUAUCAGCAGAAACCUGGAGAAUUAACGUGUUCAAUGCCUUUGCAAACGUUACUUCAACAAACUCAAACUGCAACUGGAACAACUGCACCACCAAACGCAGAUUCAUCUUCAAACGGAACGGAUAGUGCAACUCCGUCGCCCGAUCAGCUCCUCUCUUCUAUGCAAUUCCAAGACGGGUCACGUCCAAAAACUGUUACUUGGACAUGUCGCACGGGAGCCGAAGUGUGCUGUGGUACCGAAUGUUGUCCGGCGCCACCGGCUCCGCAACAAAAUGGUCCCACUGGUACUAAUGGCGAGGCUAAAAUGUCACCUCAAAACAUGAUACUGAUUGUGUUUUUGGUUCUCCUUCUUCUGAUGUGCUGUUGUUGCUUCAUUGUUUAUGCCUUCUUUCGUUCUUUGUUCUACUCGUGCUGUCGAUUGUUCAAUAAUGAGAAUUCUGCACCUUACAACGAUGAAAUUAAAUAUGUUGAAAACCAGCCACAAAGUAAGUCUUAA